AAUGAGUUGUGCUUUCAUCUUUCAACCAAUAAGAAGUCUCACUUCGAACACGCCUCCAGCAACACCCAGUCUAUGCUCUACGAUCCAUGAACGAUCAAGACGAUCAAACUGUUAGUCGUUUUGUCUGAGAGCUUAGUCUGAAAAGGGGAAUUUUUCACGUGRUAGUACCACCACCAUCCAAGCUGGCAGGAAUUAGACCAACAAAUGACGUGCGAGUGCCACGAUAAUGUACCACAAUACACACUAGAGGAGGUGUCCGACCACUGCCAUCCAGACUCGUGUUGGAUCGUGUAUGUGGAUAAAGUUUAUGACAUUACGAAGUUUAUCGACGAGCAUCCUGGAGGGUUCGAGAUUUUGCUGGAGCAUGCAGGCACGGAUGCUACUUCUGUCUUCAAAGGGACUGGACACACCAAGGAAGCAAGAGACAUGUUGUCCCUGUAUUUCAUUGGUAAUCUUGUGGAGGAAGAAAGAAUUUACAAAAACAAAUUUCAAAAAGGAAAGAAAUGCCGAAGCUGUCUGAGAAAAAAGAAAGACGACGAGAAGAAACAAUCGAUUUCAGAGACUGUGAACACUAUAGUCAACUCAAAAACKAUCAAUUCAUGACAAAAACGUUUCCACACCAAGCUCCGGCAUUAUCAGGCUUAGAGCAUCGAUAUAGGGCACAAUCAACACAUUGGAUGGGUUAUUAAAGGGUUAUUUCUUGGGUWAAUAUCCGUUCUCAUGCACAAGGAGAGCCAUGAGAAAGGGAUGCAAAACUUAAGAUCGUUUAUAUAUUUAUAUUUAUAGUUUGAAUUUAGAAAAUAUCAAAUGAAUUAAUGAAUUAAAAUUGUCAAAUAUAAUGCACACUGACAAAUCAUAUAGCAAUUUAUCUUCUGCAGGAAAACAUUUGACAAUAAAUACCGAAACAUAAAACGCACAUAGUAUUGUUAAAUGUUUUUAACUGUGUAGUCAAAUUGUGUACUAGAACGUCGUUCUCUGAAUGUAUUCAUCCGAAAUUUGAACUCAUUAAUUGCCACAUCUAUACCCUUGGCGCCCUAAGAGCAUAAUACUCAAUUURCAGACUAUAAUUAGUAAAUGUGACUAUGGCCUGGGGAUCUUCUGUUAAAUAAUUCUAGCUCWUUGUUCAAUUUCUAGAUGAUGCAUUGUAAGGAUUAAUCUGAUAAAUGUAUCAACCUCUUGAAGGUCCCCAUACAUACUGUCGACGGACCAGUCACUAGCUAGUAAUUACUUGAAUGCCAAGAAAAACAAAUGUCUCUUGGCACUUCACAUGCUGCGUUAUAAGUCAGACGUAAGUCYCUGUAUUUAAAAAUUUAUGAUAAAUGUUUUGUCAAAAAAUAUAUUUGCGGCGUUAGGUGACGUAGUGGCACUUCCAAAGUUCGCAUUGAAACYURUACGAAAGAACGUUUAAUCAAACGUUUAAUCACAASUGAUUAACUAGGA